AUGGCUAAACGGCGCGGAUUGCUGCAGCACGCCGUCAAGGCCGUUAAGCAGCAGCAGAAAGCAGCCGCCGCCGGCGCCAAGUCCGGGCCGGGAUCGGAUUCUGGAGCAAAACCAGGGACCAAGGCCGGGUCCGGCCCGCCGGCGACCAAGAAGCAAAAGACGACGACGAAGCCGGGUAACAACAACAACAGUAACAACAAGAAGGCGCACCAGCAGCAAAACCAGAAACCCACCAUCCCCUUCUCCCCGACCGACUCCAUCCUCCUCGUCGGCGAGGGCGACCUCUCGUUCGCCGCCUCCCUGAUCACCCACCACCACUGCACGAACGUGACCGCCACCGUGCUCGAGAAAGACUUCGCCGAGCUCUCCGCCAAAUACCCGCACGUCGGCGCCAACGUUGCCGUCAUCGAGUCGCCCGCCCACCCGCACUGCCGCCUGCUCUACGGCAUCGACGCGACCAAGCUGCCCGCCUUCACCACCAAACAGCAACAAAAACAGCAACCACCACCACCCAUAUCUCAAGCCCAAGACCACUCGCCUGGCCAGCAUCACCAGCACCACCCCACGCCGCCGGCCGCCGCCACCACCGGCGCCAUGCAGCGCAUCAUCUUCAACUUCCCGCACACGGGCGGCAAGUCGACCGACGUGAACCGGCAGGUGCGCCGCAACCAGGAGCUGCUGGUGGCCUUCUUCCGGCGGGCGCAGGCGUCGCUGGCGCCGGGCGGCAGCAUCGUCGUCACGCUGUUCGAGGGCGAGCCCUACACGCUGUGGAACGUGCGCGACCUGGCCCGCCACGCCGGCCUGGCCGUGCAGCGCAGCUUCCGCUUCGCCGCCGCCGCCUACCCGGGCUACGCGCACGCCCGCACCCUCGGCGUCGUGCGCAACCGCCGCGGCGAGGUCGCGUCGCGCGCCUGGCGGGGCGAGGACAGGCCCGCGAGGAGUUACGUGUUUGUGAGGAAGGGGGAGGUC